CACAUCCUGGAGAGAUAAUCCCUGCAGGCUGACAGCUUUCUCCUAUAUAUAUAAGGGAAUGACCAGAGCACCUCUCAGAGUUCAGUCACUUUCAAAGUCUGCUGAAGGAAGAGGAGCUUUAGAGAGAAGCUCCUUCAGCUAUCUCUGUCAUUUCAAAGACUGAGUGGCGAGAAGUCUCAAGAGGAUGAUGGCAGGGAUAAAAAUUCAGCUGGUGUGCAUGCUUCUCCUGGCGUUCAGCUCCUGGAGUCUGUGCUCAGAUUCAGAAGAGGAAAUGAAAGCAUUAGAAGCAGAUUUAUUGACCAAUAUGCAUACAUCAAAGACAAGUAAAGCAAGUGGUGUCUCCUGGAAAAUGACCCUGCUAAAUGUUUGCAGCCUCAUAAAUAAUCUGAACAGCCAAGCUGAGGAAACAGGAGAGUUUCGUGAAGAGGAACUCAGUAUAAGAAGGAAAUUUCCUGUUGCCAUAGAUGACUUUAGCUUGGAAGCAAUGUUGACAAUAUAUCAGGUCCAAAAAAUCUGUCACAGCAGGGCAUUUCAACGCUGGGAGGCCACCCAGGAAGAUCUUCUUGAUGCUGGAAAUGAUAAAAAUGAAAAGGAGGAAGUUAUUAAGAGAAAAAUCCCUUACAUUUUAAAACGCCAGCUAUAUGAGAAUAAACCCAGAAGGCCCUAUAUACUUAAAAGAGGUUCUUACUACUACUGAGAAGAUAUUUGUGAUCCAGAAUACUUUAAUUAAGCUUCAAAUUAUGUUUGUUUGAAAAUGUGACAGAACAAUUAUUUUGUCUCUUCUACAGCUGUGGUUUAUUGCAUAAUUUCUUUUCUGUGUGAAUAUAAAUUGAGCUAAAUGUUUUCAAAUAAAUAGAUUUUGAGCAUGAUGUGUUGUGUACAUUUGAGUAGAUAUUAAGUCAUAGUGAGAAUAUUUUAUAAUUUUGAAGAGUUAAUGGGCUGUAUAGACUAUAAAAAUUCUGAUUUUUUAAACCAAAUGAGAAGAAAUUAUGACCAAAAAAGUCCUAUUGCAAAGUGCGUUCUAUAAUAUAGCUAGCUAAAAAAAAAAGUUUCUUAAUAGGUUUCUGACAGUCUUAAUUAUUUGAUUGAAUGCUUUAUUAUUUUUUUCCAAUACUCACUCAUGAAAUCUUCUGGAAAUGGGGAGGCUCAUAGUGGUAAAAUAGAAUCAUUUUAACAUAAAUGAAUUAGCUUGAAUUAGCUAUUGUUAAUUGUGCCUGUCUUAAUGAAUGAUGACUGAUUGUCUUUUUCUGUUAAAUGAAAUUAGUAGCUAAUAAAAGUCAAUAAGCUCCCAGAAACAAGUUUUGUUGCAGGUUUA